CCUGGAAAUGAGAUUAUGCUCGCUUGCAGGAAUUGACGAAAUUGGCUUUGUUAGAUUGGUUAUGGGUCCGCCCAGUCCGUUCUUGACCUGGGGUAGACGCUAAGUGACGGAAGCACUGCACCCAGCCAAUCUAUGUCCCUGCAGGUCUUCUAGAAAGAUAGAAACGAUGGGUCGCGAUACUGUCCAGCAACGCGAGAGGGGUCUGAUUGGCAUGCGCUAUGGUAUUCUCCGAGUCGCCGAUGUAAACCGGAUCGAAACUAAAUCCCGCUUCUUCCAAGGAGGGGGUUGGGUUGGGAAAAGGCGCCGGUGCGAAAUUAGUGAGGAGCUUCAGCCGUUGAAAUCCGUUGAUUUGUUCGGUGCUCUGCCUUAUCAUGAAGAUAUGGAUCGGACGGAAGGCCAGGAUAAGCAGGUGAGUAUCUUUUGGUUGUCGAGCCUUGGGAUCAUACUGGCACCAUUCCUUUUUUUUUUUCUGUUUUUGUUUUCUUCCUUCUUGAUUUUUUUUUUGGGAUAUCCCCCCCCUCUCUCCUUAUCCGUAGCACAGACGAUCGUCAGACAUAAGCUCAUUCAUCGUACACACGUUAAUCGUAUCCGGGGCGCCUGUUGUAGGGGGCGAGAAAAGCCAUAGUGCCAGUCAGAAGGGAAUCAAGCCGAUCCUGUCGAUCACAAGAAACAUCUCCAACUCGCUCGGACUGCAUUUCAAUAUAGACAUUGUCUUUUUUUAAGUAGGCUCGAAUCGAUUCCCCCGA